AUGCUCAUCGAUCUGAAUCCCGCCAACAAGAUUCUUGAGGAAUCCCUCAGGGAUAGGUUCGCCGGGAGCUUAGACAAAUCGCAGUCGAAGGUGGCGGAUUUCGAUGGUGUCACAUACAAAAUCUCGUCACCGGAUGCCAAAACCGCGUUGCACAUCAGCAUGUCACUGAAGUGCUUCCCAGAACUUCAGAAGUAUGGUGCGGAUUCGGUGCUGAAAAGAAUAUAUGGGGACCAGCUGCAAGAUACCCCUGAGGAUGGGUACGAUGUCACGCUAAGAUUGGAUUUGGAGAAUUUGCCAGAAGACAAAGAAUCAUUGAUUCGCGAAGUUUCAUUGUUGAAGCGGAAUGCUCUUGCCGCCCCUUUCGAACGGGCAUUUGCGGCCCAAUUGGAAGGCAAUGACUCGGAACUGAUGACGAUCACAUACCGCGCCGAUGAAGCAUUUUACGUCAAGGCACAACACGACCGUGUAACUGUCAUCUUCUCUACGGUCUUCACAGAGGAGACCGAUCGGAUUUUUGGGAAGGUCUUCUUGCAGGAAUUCGUUGACGCCCGCCGAAGUCCCGCAACCCAAAACGCACCACAAGUGCUCUACAGCCACCGCGAGCCACCAAUGGAACUUCGCGGCGUCUCAGGGGUCCAUGAGAGCGAAAACAUCGGCUAUAUCACCUUUGUCCUCUUCCCACGACACUUUACAGGCAAAGACGCCGCCGAAGGUUGCAUUUCCCGCAUCCAGCUCUUCCGCGACUACCUGCACUACCACAUCAAAGCUUCCAAAGCCUACAUGCACUCGCGUAUGCGCACGAGAGUCGGCUCGUUCCUCAAAGUGCUGAAUCGCGCGAAGCCAGAGCAGCCGGAGGACAAGGAGAAGAAGACGUCGAGCGGUAAAACCUUCAAACGCUCAUAA